GCAGGAAACAAGAAUCUUUGCCUAGCUGAUCCUUGUCCGCAGAAGAAGAAACAAAAUUCCAUCCUCAUUCCAAUUGUUACGUCAGUUUCAAGCUUCUUUUUAGUUCUCUUUGGUGCUUUGGCUAUUGUUUGGUUAAUUAAACGGAAACGAAGAGCAGAAUCUAGUGAAAUGACGUUGAGAUUAAAGAAUCGACCUUUUAAGUAUAGAGAGAUUUCAAGAAUCACUGGAAAUUUUGGACGAGUUAUUGGUGAAGGUGGAUUUGGAAAGGUUUAUCUUGGUACACUAGAUAAUGGCACCACGGUUGCUGUGAAGACUCUCUCUAAAUCAUCAAAGCAAGGGUACAAGGAAUUUCAAGCCGAGGUGCAACUCUUAAUGCUUAUUCAUCACGGAAACUUGGUUUCUUUGUUUGGAUAUUGUGGUGAUUCCAAGAACAAUGCUUUAAUAUAUGAAUACAUGGCCAACGGAAAUUUAAGGCAACACUUAUCAGAGGACCAUCCGAAGGUCUUGACGUGGAGUAAGAGACUACAAAUAGCUGUGGAUGCAGCAAAAGGUUUGGAUUAUUUGCAUAACGGUUGCAAGCCACCCAUCAUCCACAGAGACUUGAAGACUACAAACAUUUUGUUGAACGAAGACUUCCAAGCCAAAAUAGCUGAUUUUGGCCUGUCAAAAACUUUUGUGACUCAAAACGACUCUUAUGUGUCAUCUUGUCCCGCAGGCACUCCUGGCUACAUUGAUCCCGAGUUUCAUUUUUCUGGAAUCUUUAAUAGGAAGAGUGAUGUUUAUAGUUUCGGAAUCAUACUCUUUGAAUUGAUCACGGGCCGACCUGCAAUAAUGAGAAGCCGGGAUGGCAAUGCCAACAUGCACAUCCUUCAAUGGUCAAUUCCAAUUGUUGAAAGUGGUGAUAUAGAGAGGAUUAUGGAUCCAAUGUUAAACGGAAAGUUCAACAUAAGCUCGGCUUGGAAAGCUGUGGAUAUAGCAAUGACAUGUAAGCCACUAUCCGCAAUUCAGAGGCGAGACAUGAGUCAUAUAUUGGCUGAACUGAAGCAAUGUUUAGCCGUAGACGUGGCAAGCCAGAAAGUGCAAAAUGGUGAGAUGGAAUCAAACAGCUUCUUUGAAAUGGCCACUCUGGAUCUUGACUGUGAUAGUGUUCCCCUUGCGAGGUAA